AUGGCGUCUGGAGAUGGAAUCCCAACAUUCAAGCUCGUCCUUGUCGGUGAUGGAGGUACCGGAAAAACUACCUUUGUUAAACGGCAUUUGACUGGAGAAUUCGAGAAGAAGUAUGUCGCUACUCUCGGAGUUGAAGUGCAUCCACUUAUUUUCCACACCAAUAGAGGACAAAUCCGAUUCAAUGUGUGGGAUACCGCCGGUCAGGAAAAGUUCGGAGGACUACGUGACGGCUACUACAUUCAAGGACAAUGUGCCAUUAUCAUGUUCGAUGUCACUGCCCGUGUGACAUACAAAAAUGUACCAAACUGGCAUCGCGAUUUGGCGAGAGUUUGUGAAAACAUUCCAAUCGUUCUUUGUGGAAACAAGGUGGACGUGAAAGACAGAAAAGUGAAAGCUAAAACCAUCACUUUCCAUAGAAAGAAGAAUCUUCAAUACUAUGACAUCUCGGCUAAGUCGAAUUACAACUUUGAGAAGCCCUUCUUGUGGCUUGCUCGAAAGCUUCUUGGAGAUCCAAAUCUCGAGUUUGUUGCUAUGCCAGCUCUUGCACCUCCAGAGGUUCAAAUGGAUCCUGCGAUGAUCGCCGAGUAUGAAAAAGAUUUGGACAACGCAGCCAAGGCUGAUCUUCCGGACGACGACGAUGAUCUUUAA